AUGGGUCAAUUGGCUACCGAUGUGGCGGAGUUGAAGAAAGGUAAAGGCCAACUUCCUAGUGACACCAAGGUAAAUCCGUCUCAUGGUUUGUCAAGAGAUAAUAAUGUUAAUAUUAGUCAUGUUAGUGUAUUGAGUAGUGGCAAAGAAUUUAAAGCAAAUUUAUCACCAGGUUUGGUUGAGGGGGUAGUUGAGGAUGUUACGGGUAAUGAGAGUGAUGAUGAAGUUUCACCGGUUGUUCCUAAAAAUUCAAAUGUUAAAAAACCGGGGUUGGGUGAAAAUGAAAAGAGUGAAAAUGAUAAAGGUGGACCGAGUCAAGUCCCGUUUCCAUCGGCUUUACUUGACCCGGGUAAGAAAAACUUUAUUGCAUCAAGAGGUCCCCAAAAAGAAGAAUUGUGGGAUAUGUUUAAACAAGUAAAAAUCAAUCUUCCACUACUUGAUGUAAUAAAACAAGUACCCGCUUAUGCUAAAUUUCUAAAGGAAUUAUGUACACAAAAAAGGCAACAAAAGAAAAAAAGGCCUAAGCGGGUAGACUUGACCGGGCAAGUAAGUGCGGUUUUGAACGGGGAGCUUCCCCCUAAGCUCAAGGAUCUGGGUACGCCAUUGAUAAAUAUACAAGUUGGUAAUUUUCAAAUGGCAAAGGCGUUACUUGAUCUUGGAGCCGGGGUGAGCAUUUUACCGGGGGGCUUAUAUGACCAAUACGAUUUUGGUCCGUUAGCAAGAGUAGAGACAACGGUCGUUUUAGCCGAUUUGUCUCAUUAG